UUUAAAUACACUUCAUUUGCUCACAAACAUAGCAACAUUCUCACAAUGACAAACCACAGUUUUGAACUUGAUUGCAAGAGAAUUCAUGAUUCUAUGGGGGAUUUGAGUCAUAUGAUCAAAUCUCUGAGUUGUAGAACCCUCCUUGAAAAACAAAAGCUCAAAGAAACCUUCAAGGCAAUGUAUGGAGAAGAGUUGGUAAGUUAUCUUCAAAGGUACGAAGAUGUGUUUUCUGCUUCCAUCAACUGUUCUGGCUUGUCUUGGUGGAUGCUUGACCCACAUGACAGAGAUGCUGUUGUGGUUAGAGAAUCUCUUCAACAAGAUGAGACCGAUUUCAAGGCUCUUGUGGAGAUUUUCGUGUGCAGAAAAUCAAGUCAUGUUCUUCUCAUCACACAGGCCUACCAGAGAAUGUUCAGGAGACAGUUGAACCAAGAUAUUAUCAAUUUGGAUCCUCCACACCCAUUUCAAAAGAUUCUUGUGGCGUUGGCUGCAUCACACAAAGCUCACCAAGUGGAUGUCAACCGUCACAUAUCCAAGUGUGAUGCAAGGAGGCUCUAUGAAACUGGAGAGGGAAACUUGGGAACUGCAGAUGAAGCUGUUGUAUUAGAAAUUUUAAGCAAGAGGAGCAUUCCCCAACUGAAGCAAACAUUUCUUAGCUAUAAACACAUUUAUGGGCAUGAUUACACAAAGUCUGUCAAUAGAGGGAAUUAUGGCCAAUUUGGUAAAGCUCUAGUGCUGGUUGUGAAAUGCAUUUGUAAUCCAGCACACUAUUAUGCAAAGAAACUGUACAGAAGCAUCAAAGGGGAAACAAAAAGUUUUGCAAGAGCAUUGGUAAGCAGAGCUGAGGUAGACAUAGAUGAGAUCAGAAAGGUUUUCAAGGAAAAGUAUGAUAAGGAACUUGCUGAUGUUAUUUGUGAAAACCUUCCAUCUGGCUACUUCAGAGACUUUCUACUUGCUUUGGCUACAAGUCCUACUUUUGUUUAAUCUUAGUUUAAUUAUUCAGUAUCUGUUUUUUGUCUAAAAAUAUUAACUUUUUUCUAAUUUCUUUUGUGGGGACAUGAAUUGAAAGAAACUGAAUUAAGUGCCUACUGAGAAUAGUACACAGUUAUAUAA